ACAAAGAGGGACGGUGCUUGCUCCAUCCACCGAGGGCAUAACGUAUAAGCCCAAUAACGCUCUAAAGUGAAAAGAAGGACCUCAAGAAACGGAACAGACGCCCCCCCCAGCCCCCAGAUGAAGACCGCGCCUCUUCGCAACGGCAGCAGCUUCUAGCGCGCUGAGGGUCAAGGCCGCCCCUUUCCUCCCCGGGAGGAACCCGGCUGAAGAAGGGCGGGCCGGCCCUCCUUGACUCCCCCGUUUUGAACGGGGAAGAGGUGGCUCCAGGCGGGUGGGCAAGCCGGCAAGUUUCGAUUCAGCCGGGGCCGCUGGAGCCACCUCUGGCCGCCGGGCCAUGGCUCAGCCGGAAGCCGGUGGGGCUCAGCAAGCCCUGCUGGCCAAGAUAGUCAUGGCCGGCGAGUCCUCCGUGGGGAAGACGUCGAUCCUGAGGCGCUACACAGAGCUUUGCCCAGCCACACGGCCGCAGCCCUCUUCCUACCUCGCCACCGUCGGCAUUGAUUUCAAAGUUAAGACAAUUUCAUUAAAUGAUACUACCAUGAAACUUCAAAUAUGGGACACUGCUGGUCAAGAACGAUUCCAUACCUUUACUACUAGCUUUUUCCGUGGAGCUCAUGGAUUUGUUCUUGUCUAUGAUAUCACAAACCCAGAGAGUUUUCAGGGAAUUGCACAUUGGAUGAAAGAUAUACAUGAGAAAGCAGAAGAAAAUGUAGAAAUAAUUCUUUUGGGUAACAAGUGUGAUAAAGAGAUGGAUCGAGUAAUCCCAAAAAACACAGGGGAGAAGCUUGCUUGGGAGUAUGGAAUACCUUUUUUUGAAACUAGUGCAAAAGACAAUAUAAACAUUGAUAAUGCCUUUUUAGUACUAGCCACAGAAAUACUGAGCAAGAACUCAUGUGUACUACUUGAUUUAGAUGUGGUGACUCUUACUGAAAAAGCACAAAAGAAAACUUGCUGCAAACGGUGACUGCAAAUGGUGACUCUUACUGAAAAAGCACAAAAGAAAACUUGCUGCAAACGGUGACUGCAAAUGGUGACUCUUACUGAAAAAGCACAAAAGAAAACUUGUUGCAAAUGGUAGUGAUGUGUAUCUUCUGAUCAUGUUAUAUACUUUGCACAUAACAAUUCUGGAAUGGUUAAUGUGUGUAUUUUAGAUAGCAAGGUAUCAAGUUAUUUAAGUUUUAGAUGUUUAUCAAGCAACAGUACUGUCUAUCAUCUUUUAAUUACCUGUUACAAAUCAUUUUUAAAAAACAGAAAUCUAUGUUUUGCACUUCAAGUCAUAACUGUAAAAUCUAUUCAGGAAAACUUAGUGGUAUAUCAUAACUACGAAAACAGUUGGUAUGACAAACAUUACAAGAAGCAAAUGCAUCCUCUUUUGACAGGGAUACAAUUAAAGAUCAAUAGAAAUGGAUACACACAGAGGAAAACAAGAGAACUGCUCUUUCACAAUUCAACUACAGCUGUUACAGAAAGAACAGUGGGGGUGUAGCCUUCCAACGUUUUGUGGCAGUAGAGGCCAGUAGACUGCUCCACUUCUAUGAAGAAGAAUAAAUGGACACAAAACCAACAAUUAAAAUGGUAAUAUUCAGAAAGCCGAUGGAGAAAAUGUCAGUCCUCUUGGACGCACUGUCCAUGAACUCAAGACAGCUGUUAUGGAAUCAAAGAACUUCAAAGUUAGAUUCAGAACGGAAACAAGAAGAAGAAUACAUCAAGAGAUUUAAUUCAGUGUCUUCUGACUUAAGUAAACACAUGAGCUCUUUAUCCGAUUAUUUAUACAUAGAGAUAUUAAUCAGUUCAUCCAUGUAGGUUUGCCUGUAUUACUGCUGAACUGUGUAUAUAACAAAAAUGACUUUUCCAGCAGGACUAUGAGAUAAAACAGCUUACAUCUCUCUUCAGCUAAAGCAAAUACCCUCUUAAAGGCAAAAACUGUAGCCUUAGCAUCUCAGGGAGCACUUGAGUUAUGUGACUAACCUUACUUUUACCAGGGUUAUUCUGCUAACCAGCCCUUUGAAAUUUUAGGACCAAUGUUAAUAAUACAACUCAAAUUUCUUUGUAUCCCAUUUCAGUAUUAUACUCUGCGAGCUGAAGCUAUGGGCUCUGUACACAAAAGCUCAGUCCUAAAAAAAACCUAGUAAUACUAUUUUUAUCCUCCAAAAAAUGAUUUUGUCCCACUUCUGCACUGGUACUACAUACAUAUACUCUGAGUGUCCAUGAAUGUAGUUGUUUAAAAAAUGUAAUUAGGGCCUUCAUAUUGUUUAUACCUGGCAAUGUCAAGAGGGACUGUAUGGAGGGAGAACUAUGGCUGGCUUACUUGUGUGAAUCAAUGCAAAAUGAACACUAUGUUCUGCUUUUUUUUUUCCAGCAAUACAUUCUAGUGCUCAGCGCCAUCUCUUUUGAAUGGAAUUGGCACAGUCAUCCUGUUCAUCUGAGCAGAUGAAUGGACACAAGGAAAUGAAAAUCAAAAGCCAUACAUAUACUAUAGAUUACUCUGUUCUAUAAUAUUUUUUGAAGGCUAUAAGGUUUUGUUGAACCAGAAUAUCAGAAUGUGCAUUAAAGCAGCAUUUGUUUAAGGUCCUGUACUUGAAUGUACAUUUGCUGCCAUCUUUAGCAAAUGUAGAAUUUCAGACAGCACACAGCUUGUUUGCUAAUUUUACUUACAACUUGUUCAAAAAGGCACAUAAAUGUCUUUUAAGAUUAUUAGAUGUUUUACAAUUGCACUGUCAUGUUAUGGAGACCUAAAUUAGAAUUUUUUGUUGUUUGUUGUUUAAUCGUUUAGUCAUGUCUGACUCUUCGUGACCCCAUGGACCAGAGCA